AUGGCCGUCUAUUUCCUGCUUCAUGGAGCUAUUGCCAUUGCCAGAGCGGAUAAUCGGAUUGCCUUGCUGAGGCAUGACUGGGUGUCCUUACUGGCAGCUGCUGCCGUCUAUAUUAUGAUUCCCGUGAUAUUGCAUACGGUCGUCCGCCGGUACUGUCAGGUGGUCCUGAAAAGCUACUAUCUUCUGGCGGUCAUGGUAAUGGUGGCCCUGGUGUAUUAUAUUCUCAGUACACGACUCUAUCUCUGUGAAUGGUUAUACCAGCGUCGACAGCCUGCACUGUUGCUGGGGCUAUACGGCCGAUCGAUCGACUUUUCUCUGUUUGGGACGAUCGUGUUCAUUGUAGAGGACAUUGACCACCAAUGCUGGCUGGGCGAUUGGAUGCAGGACCUUCUGGACCACGACUGCGGUGAAUUUAAGAUUCUUGAGUUUCGUCUGUAUUAUCUUACAAAGGGGACAUCCGUUAACCCCGGUGACGCGUUCGGAGAGCGAACCAAACUGUUUCAAGGGCCACUGAUGGCCAGAGAAAUCAUCCAAGGUUACCUGAGCAAGCGCCGUGGGAAGCUAGCUGUUGGUGUGUGCGCCCGCUAGUCGAUUCACCAACAAGUCCGGGAUGCAGUUCAGCCACAGACGGGGGCAGGCAUCAAACUUUUCGACUUCAACCUCGAACCGUGUCACACCUGGGAGGCCCCUUGCCGCGACAACGAUA